AUGGGUGAGCUGGAGGCUGAGAGCGACACACUGGAGCAUUUUGUGGCCUCUGGACGAGCCGGCAGACGUGACGCACUUCCCCAGAUCGACCUGGAGGUGAACGAUCCAGGUGCUGCGAAACUUGCCGAACGACUGUCGGACUUAUCAGCACGGUGUGACGAUCAUGAAGAUUCACAUCAACGCGACGAUUCCAAUGGAGCUGGACCAUCUAAUAAUGGUUCUUAG